AUGGAGGCUUUAGGUCUUGCAUUUACAGUUGCUCCUUUACUGGGAGGUGGUCCCAAGAUGAUCCGGUUCUGCCGCGAAUGGAACCGCGUUCCCACUGACCUCGAUCGAGCUGCAGCGCGUGUCCAAAACCUGCAAACUAUGUGUGACGCGCUGUCACUCCUCCACAGCAACCUCCCAGAAGAGCAAAGACAACUAGUUCCAGACCUCCCUAAGGCGAUCGCCCUGGCGUUAGAAUCGCUGCCCAAGACACCCACGAAGCGCUCCAAGAUAAGCUACUUGCGUUGGCUGACAGGAGACAGAGAUGUGCACGAAAGAGUGGCGGCUGAAACGCAGCAAGUUAUGUUGCUGGCUGGGCUAACUUUGGGUCUACAAAGGCUUGCUCAACGGGCAGCGGACGACCGAGACCACGAUCACUCAUCCCUUAACGAAGCAGCCCAAGUGCCGCAAGGAAUGGAAAUGACCACCCGCGACGCAGAGCAAUGGGUUACUACAAAGGAGACGGGCACUUUUACUGCUUUUGCUGCACGAUGUUGGGUGUCUUUUGGAGGCUGGGUCUUCCGAGAGAUAAGUCGUGUUUUCGAGCCAAACAACAAUCUGUCGCGGAAUUUCGAUUCAAUGUCGACUCUUCAGGAAACACCCGCACACUAUGCUAGUAUACAUAAUUUGCCUCGGAUACUUCUGUAUGCGGCAAUCGUCAUACGUCGUCUCGUCUGGCGACACUGGCUGAAGGCUUCACCUGGCCAAGAUCGCCUUCUGGAAUUUCACAGAGUCUCACCAGAGCAAGAGUUUUUGCUAGCUUCUAAGGCGGGCGAUGUUGUUCGAAUGCAGCAACUCCUUGUUCUAGAACAGGUCUCUCCAUUUUACGCCACCACGACGGAUGGGGUCACAGCUCUGACUCUCGCAAUCGAACAUGGUCACCACGAGGCUGUUAAACUGCUGCUUGCUCAGGGGGCCCUCGUGAACAGAGCUUUCGGCUUAAAGGAGACAUCUCCGCUAUGCUGGGCACUCCAGCAUCGACGAUUGGAGAUAUGCAGGACGCUGUUGUCUUACGGGGCUUCUCUCGAUCAUUUCACGGCUCUUGAUUGGACCCCUCUAUACUAUCUGUGGCCGUGGGACAUGGAAGAUGGAUUCCGGCACCCUCCAGCCGCCGAGUUCAUCAGAAUGUUACACGCCACCGGUGAAAAAUUUCACACAUUACACGAAGACCAUUUGGACAACGUUGGAUGGAGCGUGAUGCACCGUGCCGCAAUCUUCGCCGACCCAGCCGACUUGCAACUGCUGCUGGACUACGGCGUGAAUGCUUUCACACCCCAUGCUUACCUUGACUGGAUGCCACUGCAUUUCGUGGUGGAGUACGGAAUCAGUGACAAUUUCCCCGUCCUGUUCCACGCAUACGAAAGGGAAUUCGGCUCGCGUGCUGCCCUUGAACUCCGAGAUUCCAGGGGCUGGACGCCUUUGCAUAUGGCCGCAGCCAAUGGUCAUUUUGAGCUUGUCCGGGUCCUGUUGGAAAGGGGCGCUAACCGAAAAGCCCUCACUGGACCGGUCUACGACAGUGACAUGCCAGAGAGCAUUCGAGGCAAGAGAUGUUCUCCUCAUGAGCUGGCGUGGGCGUCUGGUGAGUCAAGUGGUCAUUGUUUUGACACUAUCGCCGCCGCCAUCCCCGAAGAUCAGUGGUUUGACGCCCCUGAAUAUCCCGAGGACAGCCUUCUCCGGAAGGCUUUCAAAUUCCCCAGGCAAGUGGUAUCGAAGGAGAAGAUGAAGAACCUGGCUGCCUUCUUUCGGCGCUGUCGCCAGUCUUAA